AUGUUGAACGCAUACAUCGCACGUCAUCGUCGCGACGGACGCAGCCAGGGUGAGUACUCCAUCAUUGAGGUUGAAUACUACAGGCGUCCGCACUAUGGACGAAUGAAUUCCAGAGGCCCAUCCGGUCAGAAGCUGACGCGUGAGGCCCGUGAUGCCGCGUUCAGCUCGCAUUGCGUGGAGGUAGACGCUCCUUGCUGCCAUCCGCGACUCUUGGUUCACAAGCUACGAAGUGCUGGUCUCUGGGACGACAACAAAUACCCUAUGCUGGCUUUGUUUGUGCUCCACUACGCCCAAUGGCACAAAUGCUUGGCUAGCUACUGUGACUACACGCUUGAUGAUGCGAAAGUUGAGCUUAUUCGCAUCUUCUACGGCGGUCGUCCCGGUAUUGAGGCGCCCUUCCUUCUCAGGCUUUGUGAUGAAGUUCAACAUGCUGCGGUUGCGUUGCUUAGGACACCGGAAGCAAGCUUGUUCACUGACCUCUACGGGGAUCGUCCCAAUCCGGAGUUCAGUCGUCUCUCCGCCUUGCUCUCCUUCGAAGAAGCGAAGUUACUGCAGAUCAUUUGUACCCAUUUGGAAGACCAGGUCCAGGUGCUCAUCUACGAUGGCUGCUAUAUAGAAUGUAAUGACUUGGCUAGGGAAUGGGAUAUCAUCGAAGCUUGUCAAAUCUGCGAGAAGCAGAUGAUUCCCAUGGACGUCAAGUACUGGUCAGCAGCUCAUUCUGAAUUGUCUACGCUGCCGCGCAUGUUGGUCCGUGAAAAUCCUUCGCUAUGGCGCAUUCAGGAUGCCAGAUCAGAUCAUCAGCCUGCUUCCUGCCUGCACUAUGCCGUCGGCUUCUUGCAGCCCGACUGUGACAUUGACCUUGUUGCUGUGACAGAGGACGACAGCUCCAUCUCGGCCGAGGAGUUUAACGAUCAUAUGAUGUAUGCCUCACAGAGAACCACCUCGGAAGGCUACCGCCUAAUCUUCGAUGACGAUCUUGAUCUGACUAUCUUGAAAAAUUCCGGACAGAUUCGACUUUGCCAUCAAGUUCAACUGCAUGGAGGUCAUUGGUGGGGUAUUUCUUUCAUGAGCGACGCCCGGGUCAUGAUAGUCGAUUCCGAGUCCUAUGGGCGUCACUUGGUGACAGACUUCGACGUCUUCCUCCGUCUCGCAUCCGUUGUCCAGAACAUGACCUGGUUCCGUAUGGAAGUGCAGCCGCACUCAUGGAAUCACCCGAGUCAUGAGGCCUAUGAUCUACGUGGCUUCGGACCUCACAAGAAGCCAGCAUUGCUUUCCACAUCUGCUGGGUCGAGCCCGACCGCAUGCAUGCGGACAAUCACGACCCCACUUCGCCAUUGUGCAGAAUGUGGAGCACCUUUACAGACGGAGCGCUCGAUUGACGACAUGGAUUGGGUUUUCGUGAACUCCAAGACCGGCUUUGCGAAGGAGUUCUUGAACUAUCAUAGUUCUCUUCAGUUUCGUGGUGGGCUGAGUAUGCAUGCCAUCCUCUAUGCACAGAAGUUGUACCUCAAUGUGCUCUCUGUGGCGGAGAUCAUGCACGAAGCCGAUAGCGCACUCGACCUCAUGCAACACAUGCACACGUUUGACGUUGAGGAUCCGCUGGAGAACAACUUCAUGCAGGACUACGAAGCGUGGUGGAGACGCAAUGUUUGCUCUAAGCAGGAAGCCGCCAAGAUGUAUGAGGUCGUGAUCAACGGGCACGAAAAGGUAUCCAGUAAAUGUGCAUCGUCACCACCAAAACACGGAGGCCGUCCACGAGCCGACGGCACCAAGAAAUGUCGGAAUAAUGGCUGGUUUAUGGCCGUUCAUCCAGAGUCUGGCAUUAUCGUCGGUCUACGGGAAAUGAUUGAUCCCGAGAACAAUGCCAUUGCGGUAGACGUCCUCAAUGAUGUCGCAGACAUGCUUCCGAACAUGGACUGCGUCAUAUAUGAUCGUAUGUGCAGUUGCGUCAAGGCCGCUUCCAAGUCUGAUCUCCUCAAGGGCGUCAAGUAUUGGUGCAUAGACAAGUUCCAUGCCCAUGGACAUUCUGAUCAGUGUGUCUGCUCCCCACUUGUCCAUAGGCGCUUGGCAACGAGACUGCGCGAAGUAAACACUUCCAUCGCAGAGCAGACGUUCCGAUGGUUCAGAGGUUAUGCGAGCACCUUCAACACCAUGUCCAGGUCAACACACCUUUUCUACGUUCUCCUCUAUGUGCAGAAGCAUAACGACCUUGUGCGAAGUGGUUCUGCCAACUACUUGAAUCCCUACAGCACGAAAAGACAGAUCGGCUUGGAAGCACACAUCUUGAAGAAGCCUGUCACCAAGAAGUACUGUUGUCGCAAAGGGUCGUUGUCAAAGAAGAAGCCAUCCUCCGUCAAGAGCUCCUCAUCUUUCAAGAAGCCGUCAAGUUCCCGCUCCAAGGCAUCCUCCGUCGAGAGCUCCUCAUCUUUGAAGAAGCCGUCAAGUUCCCGCCGCACGAAGCCGUCAAGUUCCCGCCGCGGAUGA